AUGGACAACCGUCCACGAGGCGACGAUGCCUCGUGGUCACCCGCAGCCCUCGUGGCCACCGCCCUGGGCCUCGCGACAGCCGUCUUCCUCGUCGACGCCCUGCGCAGCUGGUACCGCCUCUCCCACGUUCCCGGGCCAUUCUGGGCUGCCUUCUCCAAGUACUGGAUGGUCAAGCACUCUUUGCGAGGCGAGCAGCCGUACGCGAUUCAACAGGCGAAUGAGAAAUAUGGGUCGCUCGUGCGCAUCGGGCCCAACGAGCUGGCCACCGAUGACCCAGAUCUGCUGCGACGGAUGAUGGCUGUUCGCUCGCGAUAUACGAGGGGUCCAUGGUACAAUGCACUGCGCUUCCAAGCAGGCCAGGAUCACCUCUUCUCGCAGCGCGACGAUGACGAGCACAUGAGGAUCCGGAACAAAAUGGCCGCCGGUUACUCGGGCAAGGAGAAUGAGUCCAUGGAACGCACCGUCGACGAGCACAUUGCGCGCCUCGUGCGCCUGCUCGAGGCCAACUACGUGUCCACCACCCAGCAGUACCGCCCCGUCGACUUUGCUCGCAAGAUCCAGUACUUCACCCUCGACGUGAUCAGCGACCUCGCCUUUGGCCACCCCUUUGGCUUCAUGGAGCAGGACGCCGACGUCUACGACUUUAUCAAGAUCACACGCGACUUCUUCCCCGUCGCCGUCCUGACCGGCAACAUCCCCUCCCUCGUGUCCCUGCUGCACUCGCCCCUGUUUAGAGGCCUUCUGCCCAAGGCCAGUGACAAGCUCGGCUUUGGCGCCUUCAUCGGGGUAGCAAACAAAAAGGUCGCAGAGCGCUUCGAGCAAGAUGCCGUCUCGCAACCCGACAUGCUGGGCUCCUUUAUCCGCCACGGUCUAACGCAGGACGAGGCCUCCCGCGAGUCCCUCCUCAACGUCGUCGCCGGCAGCGACACCACCGCCACCACCAUCCGCCUCAUGAUGCUGAACAUCCUGAGCAACCCGACUGCGUACAGGAAGCUACAGGAGGAGAUUGACAGCGGCGUCCAAGCCGGCACCAUCUCCUCCCCCAUCACAGAUGCCGAGGCGCGCAAUUUGCCGUAUCUCCAGGCCGCCAUCAAGGAAGGUCUACGUAUCAGGGCACCAGCCGCCGGUCCCCUUUUCAAGCAGGUGCCCCCCGAGGGCGACAUGAUUGACGGGAAGUUUAUCCCUGGCGGCACACAGAUUGGCACAUCCCCCUUUGCCAUCUAUCAUUCCAAGACGAUCUUUGGGGACGACGCUGAGUUGUUCCUCCCGGAGCGCUGGCUGGACGCCGACAAGGAGCGCGUGGCGACCAUGGCGAGCGUCGUGGACCUCGUCUUCUCGGCCGGGAAAUGGGGUUGCCUGGGCAAGUCCGUGGCGUUCAUGGAGCUGAACAAGGUGUUUGUCGAGCUCAUGAGACGUUUCGACUUUGCUCUGACGCGACCUGAGCGACCGGUCCAUAUUCAGAAUGCGGGGAUUUGGCUUAUUGAGGACUUUCCUGUGAGGAUUACGAAGCGUCAAAGUGUACUGUAA